UGUUCGUUGAGUUUUAUUUUAAUUAUCUUAAGUUUAUUGUUUAUUUCACGUUUGAUAAUAUAUAAAUGUUGAAAAAAUAUCUUAGUCAAUGUACACUAGUCUAAACGCGAAAGUUGUGAGUGGAAAUGGGUGCAUAGAGGAAAUGCGGACUUGCAUUGAUCAUUCACAUUCAUUGUGUAGAACUUGCAUCAUGUGUAGUUGAGAGUAGCUACGGGAUCAUUUUUUGAAAAAUUCCACUAGAAUUGAACCAAAUCUGAAGCAGACUGAAAAGUCUCUGAAAAGCAGCUGAUAUUUUUAAUUCUUCAAAUGAUGUAAAUCACAAAAAUGGCAGAGGGCAAUUCCUCAAAGGACUUACCCCGGGGCCUCAUCAGCAGAAGGGGACUGCCCUCGGGGAGAGGGGCUAGACUGCCUUCAAUAGGGAAGCCAAGAGACCUUACACUAGGAGGGGUUCCAAAGAAAGUUUUUACUCCCAACAUCCCUGUUAGGAGAGAUAAAAGUGCUGACAAAACUGAAGAAAAAGGAGAAAGGAAGCAGGAAGGGAAACAGAAACCAGAGAAAUCUGGAGGGAGAGAUGAGCGAGGGAGAGGUCGAGGUCGUGGCCGAGGGAGAGGGAGGGGGCGGGGCCAGGAUGUCAUUCAGUCCCACUCCAUCUUUGAACAGGGCCCAACAGAGAAGAUGGCUAAAGGUCCUUCAGUGUUUGAGAGUUAUGGAGGGUCCGGGCCUAGAUCUGGUGGGGGAGGGGGAGGGUCCUCAGGUGGUGGAUCUAAGACGGGUGUAAAGAAAGAGAGGACAGAUGAAGAGUCAAAGCAAGUCCUAGACUAUCUCCUGAAAGAUGAUUUUAUUGCUGGUCCCCUUUCUGAGGACAAGGGCAUGGCACCAGUCCACUUACCUCUGUAUAUUGUAGAGGACAUCAAACCUGCUGUAAAAAUUGAAGCAGAUUCAGUUGAUGUGGAGAUGACAGAAGGAGUUAAGGCCAAGGUGGAUACAUCUGUUAAAAUUCCAUCCAAGGCCAAGCUAGACCAGGAAUCCUGUCAACACAUGUUCUCUACAUUGACUAGCGGGGAUCCAAACCAGAUGGUGUUUGUCCAGUUUCCUGACGUCAUGCCAGGGGUACCUGCUAGUUAUGGGAAGGAAGAGGAUGCCAAAAACAGUAACAAGGACCAGACAGAGACCUCAAAGAAAAUUGGUGCCAGUCCCCUGUCUGGUUUUUCAGAAGGUCACAUGGGAAAACUGGUCAUACGGAAAUCGGGUCGAACCUCCUUAAUGCUGGGCAAUGUAGUGUUAGACGUCUCAUUGGGAACCAAAUGUGGAUUCCUACAGGAUGUGGUUUCUAUUCACACAGACUGCAGUGGACUGGGAGACCUGAGUGUUUUAGGACAUGUGACACACAGACUGAUCUGUACUCCUGACUUUGAUUCUCUUCUUCAAGCCAAUCAGACUUAACAACAAUAGAGUGUGUGUGUGAUGUCAGUCUGUGAACAUGUGACAGUAGUCUUAACAAGACAGCAUUGAGAGGGGGAACAUCUCAAAAGGGCCACACAAUUAUUUACAUUAAGGAUUUAAUGACCUUUUGGGGGUAUGACCUUGAAGUUUAACUUACACCUUCCUUGGGUGAGGUAUAAGCCACAUGGUGCCCAGAAGAAAGAAAACAAUGCUCAUGAUCAAGAUUUUAAAGGGAAAUAUGGCUUUGUCCUCUGAACUCAAUGUUCAAAUAUGACCUCUCUCUCCUCUUGGCUCAUUCUGGCUAAAAUAUUACCAAAACAAUUGCCUGUGGGUCAAUGUGUUAGUCUGAGGUCAAGGUCAAACUUCAGUUUUAGUUAUUCCCUUGUUCCUUUCAUGAUAAUGUUCUUUACUAAAAGGGGGUCCCUUUGAGAUUUGCACUAUUCCACUGAUAUCCUUUAAAGAUCAUCUGGAAAUAACAGUGAAAAUGAAAGCAGUUUUCCUUUAACUACUGGGUAUACUUCUGCUGUAUUUAUCUCAAACACAAUUAAAUUUACUUGUUUGUUAUUUGUUGUUAAUUAUAGAAGGAUGUCUUCAUGUUGCUCCUUGUAAAUAAAUUUUGAAAACAAUAAAUUAUUGUUAAUAAAAUGAUACGAAAUCAGAAAAA